UUGGGGCUGUAUUCAACUGAGCACAGAGCACAUGAAAUUCUCCUCUGUUUCCAAGGAAAAACCAGGGCUUCUGGCCCCACCUGCCCAACCUCUCACGAUGUUCCUGGGAGCCUGGUUAUGCUGGGCCUCACUCCUGCUCCUGGCCAAGCUCACCCACCCUUGCCCUGUGGGCUGUGACUGCUUCGGCAGGGAGGUAUUCUGCUCAGAUGAGCAGCUGGCCACCAUCCCCCUGGACAUCCCUUCAUAUGUCACAGACAUUGUCUUUGUGGAGACUGCCUUCACCACAGUGGGGACCAGGGCUUUCAGCGGUAACCCCAACCUGACCAAGGUGGUCUUCCUCAACACUCUGGUCCAUCACCUGGAGCCCGAUGCCUUUGGGGGACUGCCCAGGCUGGAGGACCUGGAGGUCACAGGCAGCUCCUUCUCUAACCUCAGCACCAACAUCUUUUCUAACCUGAGCUCGCUGGGGAAGCUCACCCUGGACUUUAACAGGCUGGUGGCUCUGCCAGAGGACCUCUUUCUCCACAUGGAUACUCUAGAGUCCCUCCAGCUUCAGGGAAACCAACUCCAGACCUUGCCCAGGAGACUGUUUCAGUCUCUGAGAUAUCUGAGAACCCUCAACCUGGCUCAGAACCUCCUGACACAGCUUCCUGAGGGGAUGUUCCAGUCACUCACCAGCCUGCAGAUACUAAAGCUGAGUAACAAUAUGCUUGCCAGACUCCCCGAGGGAGUGCUGGGCAAUCUGGGCAGCCUGCAGGAGCUCUUUCUGGACAGCAAUGUCAUCACAGAGCUGUCCCCACAGCUGUUCUCACAGCUGUUCAGCCUGGAGAAGCUGUGGCUGCAGCAUAACGCCAUCUGCCACCUGCCGGUCUCUGUCUUCUCCUCCCUGCACAACCUGACCUUUCUAAACCUGAAGGACAAUGCACUGAGGACUCUGCCUGCUGGUCUCUUCACCCACAACCCAGGCCUGCUUCACCUGUCUCUUUCUUACAACCAACUGGAGACCAUCCCUGAGGGCACCUUCACCAACCUGUCGAGUCUUGUUUCCCUCACGCUCUCGCACAAUGCCAUCACCUACCUUCCUGAGGAUGUUUUCAGGAACCUUGAGCAGUUGGUCAAACUCUCUCUGGACAGCAAUAACUUGACAGCCUUGCACCCAGCUCUCUUCCACAACCUGUCCAGGCUUGAGUUUCUCAACUUGUCCAGGAACCAGCUGACCAUGCUCCCUGGGGGCAUCUUUGACACCAACUAUGACCUCUUCAACCUGGCCUUGAUCGGCAACCCCUGGCAGUGUGACUGCCAUCUGUCCUACCUUACCAACUGGCUCCAGCUCUACAGCGACCGGAUCUUCAACACCCAUACUUUCUGUGCAGGCCCAGGAUAUCUCAAGGGCCAGAUGGUGCCAAACUUGAAGCAGGAGCAGCUGAUAUGUCCAGUCAAUCCAGGCCACUUGAGCUUUACGGCCCUGGGGCUGGAUGUCAGGGAGCCAGUGGGCAGCUGGGAUCUGUCUGUGGAGGGGAGAGGAGCUCACAGCCAGUGUACCUACAGCAACCCCGAGGGCACUGUGCUGCUUUCCUGCCAGGAGGCCCAGUGUCGCUGGCUGAACAUUCAGCUGUCUUCCCGGGAGGGCUCAGUCUCCCCAGCAAUGGCCUACAAUUCCAGUCAGGAGUGGGAGUUGAGGUCAAGCUGUGGCUCCAUGAGGGUCACUGUGUCUAUUGAGGCUCGGGCUGCUGGGCCUUAGGUGCAGCAGACAGAUUCUGAAGCCUUAGGGCAGAGGGAACAGAAUGUCUGAAGUCAAUGUAAGGAACAUGGUCGUAUCUCCACAGUAGGGAGGAGAGAGAGGCCUGCUUCAUCUAGGGUCUCAUCAACUUCUGUCCCUAUGAUCUCUUGGAGCCUAUGGCCUAACAAGGUUAUCCUCAAAUCUUCCAAAAUCUCCAUGAGAACCACAUCAUGGUCUAGCACAGUGGCUCCACCCUUCCUAAUGCUGUGACCCUUUAACACAGUUCCUCAUGCUGACCCCCAACCAUACAAUUAUUUCACUGCUACUUUUGUAACUAAUUUUCCUACUGUCUUGAAUGAUAAUAUAAGUAUUGUUUUUGGAGAUAGAGGUUUGGCAAAGGGAUCAUGAUCACUGGGCUAGAGAUUAUACGACCCCCACCCCCACCACCACCAGUGUUUUCCUAUCAUUAAGCUCCACUCCACUCCACUCCCUGCUCUGAGUUCUAGCCUUGAGGUGUGUUCACCUCUAAGUUAUACAACGUAGAGGCCUUGUCCCUUCAAUAGAUCAAUAGAAGAUCAA